AUGGACAGUGAAGUGCAAAGGGAUGGCAGAAUCCUGGAUUUGAUUGACGACGCCUGGAGAGAAGAUAAGUUGCCAUACGAGGAUGUUGCUAUCCCUCUGAAUGAGCUUCCUGAGCCAGAGCAAGACAAUGGUGGCACAACCGAGUCUGUGAAAGAGCAAGAAAUGAAGUGGACAGAUUUGGCUCUCCAGUAUCUCCAUGAAAAUGUUCCACCCACGGGAAACUAG